UUAGGGAUGCCCUCUGUCUAUUCAUUAGUGACACUCCUUUUAUCACUAUUCAUCAGUUUUAUCUCUGGAGAAACAGAAGUAAAAUUCACUGGACAAACUGAAUUUAUAGUUAAUGAAACAACUACAACAGUUAUACGUCUUGUUAUUGAAAGGACAGGAGAACCAGUGAAUGUCACAGCAAUUGUAUCGAUUCACGGAGAAAACACAGGUGACUUCUUUGACACAUACGCAGCAGCAUAUAUAUCGGAGACAGAAACCAAUCGAACUGUGUACAUUUCUGUAUGUGAUGAUGAUCUUCCAGAGGCUGAUGAGACAUUCAUGUUUUAUCUGACAUUACAGAAGCCACUUCCAGGAGUAGCGCUUGGAUUGCCCCGAGUUGUAACUGUAACGAUUCUAUCAAAUGACAAUGCCUUUGGAAUUAUUUCUUUUGAUAUGCCUGCCUUAAUCAUACUGACUGAACCCAGAGGUGGGAAUGAAUCUGUGCCUCUCACUCUAGUUAGAGAAAAAGGAACCUAUGGAACUGUGACUGUGAUUUACGAGGUAGAAGGUGUUACAGAUUCGCCUGAGGAAGACUUGAACCCUGUAAGAGGAAAUGUCACCUUUCCUCCUGGCACAGCUAUAUUGAUUUAUAACUUAUUUGUUCUUGAUGACCAGAUCCCAGAAAAUGAUGAAUUAUUUAUUGUUCAUUUGAGAAGUGUUGAAGGAGGAGCUGAAAUCAACACAUCAAGAAAUUCCCUUGAGAUUAUUAUUAAGAAAAAUGAUGGUCCAGUGCGAUUUGCUCAAGGUGUUUACAUGGUGCAUGAAGAGGAUGACAUACUAACAAUUCCAGUAGUUCGGGGUAAAGAUGACGCUGGGAACAUAAUUGGACCGAAUGAAAAUGAAGUCUCCAUUCGUUACAUCCUUUUAACUGGGAAUUCAACAGCACAUGCACAGCUCAACUUAGACUUUUUAGAUCUACAGCCAAAUACAAUUGUUAUUUUUCCACCUUUAGUACUUGAAUCUUAUAUUGCAUUCAAAAUCCUUGAUGAUGCCAUACCAGAAAUUGCUGAGACUUUUCAUAUCAUGCUACUUAGGGAUACUUUACAAGGAGAUGCUGUCUUAACAAAUCCAUCCAUUGUCCAAGUUACCAUUAAGCCCAAUGAUAAACCUUAUGGAGUACUAUCUAUCAACAGCCUAUUGUUUACUAAAUCAGUUAUUAUUGAUGAAGAUCAAAUGUUAAGGUACGAAGGCAUCGCUGUUGUAAGGAAUGGUGGGACACAUGGAAAUAUUUCUGUUUCCUGGAUUAUAACCCGCAACAGCACUGAUCCCUCACCUGUGACUGCAGACCUCACUCCAGACUCAGGGGUGUUACACUUUUCUCAAGGGCAGCUGUUGGCAUCAAUUCCUCUGAACAUCAUUAAUGAUGAUUUGCCUGAGGAAGCAGAGCCAUACCUGCUUAGGAUUCUAGCACACACAGUAGAGGGAGGCGCAGAAGUGAGUGAACCCAACGAGCUUCUUUUUUACAUUCAGGACAGUGAUGAUGUCUAUGGUGUGAUAAGAUUCUAUCCUUUGGAGAAUCAGAGGAUAGAAAGCAGCCCAGAUGGACGUUUUUUGUCCCUAAGCUUUGCAAGGCAAAGGGGAACGGUCGGAGAUGUAAGGUUGUCAUAUACAGUUGUAUACAUUCCUGCUGGGACUGUGGAUCCUGACCGAGCUAAAGAAGGUGUUCUAAACAUUUCUGGAAGAAGCUUCCUCUACUUACCAGAAGGGAAAAUGGAGGACACAGUAAAAGUACCAAUAAGAAAUGAUGCAUUUCUUCAAAAUGGGGCCCAUUUCUUCAUACAGCUGGAAAACACUGAAUUGACAAAUAUUGUUCCUCUAAUUCCACCUGUAAGUCCUAGACUUGGUGAAAUCCGAAAUAUCUCCUUAAGAAUUACACCUGAUAUUGCAAAUGGAGAAAUUGGCUUUACCACCAAUCUUCCAAUAAUUUUAGAAGAGCCAGAAGAUUCUAUUUUUGCAGUAAUCUCUGUUCCCUUGCAUCGAGAUGGUACUGAUGGACAAGCCAUUGUGUUCUGGAGCCUGAAACCUUCCGGCCUCAAUGCAAGAGCAGUAACUAUUGAUGAUAUAAGUCCUUUUUCUGGCUCUGUUGUUUUCGUAUCUGGACAAAGUGACACAGCAAUCAACGUUAAUGUUCAUGCUGAUGACAUACCUGAAAUGAAUGAGACUCUGAUGUUGUCAUUAGACAGGAUAAAUGUGGAAAAUCAGAUCUUAAAAUCUGGAUACACUACCCGUGAGUUGAUCAUUCUGGAAAACGAUGACCCUGGUGGAGUGUUUGAGUUUGCUUCAUCCUCCAGAGGACCCUACCGGAUAAAAGAAGGUGAAUCUGUUGAACUCCAGAUUGUUCGGUCCAGGGGAGCCCUUAUCAAACAGUUUCUACAUUACAUUGUAGAACCAAGAGACAGCAAUGAGUUCUAUGGAAACACAGGGAUUCUGGAAUUUAAACCCGGUGAAAGAGAAAUUAAAAUUACUCUGUUGACAAGGAUGGACGGAAUUCCAGAGUUGGAUGAAUUUUACUCAGUGCUACUCAGUAGCCAUGGCGACUCACCAAGUAAGCUGGGAAAUGCUACCAGAGUCAACAUAACAAUUCUGAAAAAUGAUGACCCACAUGGCAUAAUUCAGUUUCUUGAAGAUGGACUGGUAGUAACAAUCAAUGAAAGUAAAGGGGAAGACAUCCAUGCUGCUGUGUUCAGAAUCGUAAGAAAUCAAGGGACCUUUGGCGUUGUGAAUGUUUCCUGGGCAACUUUUCCAGUUUCUACUAAAGACAUCUUCCCAGAGCAAGGAACAGUUUUCUUUGGAAAUGAGGAAUUUUCCCAAAAUAUCACGAUUUAUUCAGUGCCUGAUGAGAUACCUGAAGAAAUGGAGGUAUUCAUCAUUAGUCUUUUCAAUGCUACAGGAGGUGCUAGAAUGGGAAAUAUAACCACUGCAACCUUACAGAUCACAAAAAAUGAUGAUCCAAUUUAUUUUGCAGAUCCUGUUUUAAUAAAGGUCCAUGAAGGAGACGUUGCUAAUUUUGUAGUCAUUAGAAAUGGCUCUGCUGCUGAUGUUGUUUCAGUUUUGUAUGCUACCGUUAAUGGAGGAGCCAGUGCCGAAGAGGGAGACUUCAUUCCUAGUGGGAAAAGUGGAGUGCUCUUCUUUGAUGUUGGAAUAAGAGAGCAGAAUAUAACUGUGUUCAUCAAAGAUGAUGAUAUCCCUGAGACAGAGGAGACUUUUUACAUAAUUCUCAUCAACUCUACAGGAGACACAGUAGUCUAUGGAUCUGGCAUGGCAACAGUAAUAAUAGAAGCUAAUGAUGACCCAAAUGGUAUUUUCUCAUUGGAGACUACUAGUAAAGCAGUGGAAGAAGGCAAGAGCAAUGACUUUUUUGUUCUGAGGCACAGAGGUCACUUUGGCAAUGUUUCUUUGACCUGGCAGCUGUUUGAAAAUGAUUCUGCGUUGGCUCCCGGAGAAGAAUUCUGUGAAGCCUCUGGGACCAUAUGGUUUGAAGAUGGCAUCUGGUCCCAACCCAUAACCCUUCAUGCUAUUCCUGAUAAAAUUCCCGAAUUCAAUGAAUUUUACAUCCUAAAGUUGGUGAAUGCUUCAGGUGGGUUCCCAGGUCCUGGUGGUCAAUUAGCCCAAACCAACCUUUCGGUGAUUGUGAUGAUCCCAUUCAAUGAUGACCCCUUUGGAGUCUUUAUCUUAGAUCCUGAAAGCCAAAACAUGGAGAUAGCAGAAGAUGUUCUGUCUGAAGAUGACAUGUCCCACAUUGCCAACUUCACAGUAUGGCGGCAACAGGGAACUUUUGGAAAUGUCCGGAUUGGAUGGGAAAUACUCUCCAGCAAGUUCAAAGAAGGAUUACCUAUGAUGAUUGAUUGUUUACUGCUUGGGAAAUUUUCAAAUUCAGUGCAGUCACAGCCUCAUAUGAGGCGUCAUCACACUGGAACAGAUGCAUUGUAUUUUAGUGGUGAUGAGGAUGCAUAUGGGAUAGUUGAUCCUGCAUUCCAUGUCAGUAAGAACAGAACACUUAGCAAUUUCACAUUUUCAGCCUGGGUAAUUCCUAGCACUAAUAGUGAAGGAUUCAUAAUAGCAAAGGACAAUGGCAAUGGAACAAUGUAUUAUGGGGUGAAAAUCCAUAUAAAUGAAUCCCACGUUUCCGUAAGGCUUUAUUAUACACCACUUCAGUCUAAUGUGACCUACAUGGCCAGGAUAACAGUUAUGAAAUACUUGGAGGAAAAUAUUUGGUUCCAUAUUUUGAUUACAUUGGAUGAUGGCAUAAUUGAGUUUUUAAUGGAUGGAAGGCCUGUGCCUGGAAGCAUUAAGAGCCUCAAAGGAGAAGCAAUUGCUGAUGGGCCAGGAAUAAUGAGAGUUGGUGCUGGCAUAAAUGGCGGCAGCAGAUACACAGGAUUGAUGCAAGAUGUGAGACUCUAUGAGCGCAAAUUAACUAAGGAGGAGAUCUAUGAACUUCAUACCACUCCAGCAAGGGCUGACUUGCACCCCAUCUCUGGGUACUUAGAAUAUCGACAGGAAGAAAUCAAUAAGUCAUUCAUUGUUUCUGCCAGAGAUGAUAAAGAAGAAGAAGGAGAAGAGCUGUUCAUCCUUAAGCUUAUUUCUGUUCAUGGAGGAGCAAGGAUUUCACAAGAAAAUACAACAGCAACAUUAAGAAUUCAGAAGAGCGAUAAUGCCAAUGGUCUGUUUGGUUUCACAGGAGCAUGUAUUCCAGAGGUUGCCGAUGAAGGUUCUACUGUAUCUUGUGUAGUGGAGCGCACAAGAGGAGCUCUGGACUAUGUUUUUGUGUAUUACAGUAUCUCCCAGGUGGAUUCUGAUGGAAUUAAUUACUUGGUUGCUGAUUUUGCUAACACCAGGGGCAUGAUCACAUUCUUUCCAUUCCAGAGAUCUGAGGUUUUGAAUUUGCAGGUGCUUGAUGAUGAUAUUCCUGAAUUGAAUGAAUACUUCCAGGUGACUUUACAGUCUGCUCUUGCUGGAGAUGGAAAAGUAGGUUCAACUCCAGCUAGUGGAGCAAGCAUAGAUCCAGAGAAGGAAACUACCUACAUCACCAUCAAAGCCAGUGACCAUCCAUAUGGUUUGCUACAGUUUUCUGUGGAGCCACCUCCAGUAGAUGUUGAUAAAAUCAUCUUGCCAGCCUCCAGAGCCCCUCACAUCACUGUCAAGGAAGAAGCAGGACAUGUCAGGUUGCUUGUUGUUCGAGCACAAGGCCUUCUUGGAAUGGUUUUGGUACAAUACAUGACCGUUUCAUUAACAGCAUUCAGUCCUCAAGAUUAUCAGGAAACUCGAGGCACCUUGGAGUUUCUACCGGGAGAAAGAUUCAAGUACAUUAUCAUUAACAUUACAGAUAAUUCUAUCCCUGAGUUGGAAAAGGCUUUCAAAGUGGAAUUGUUUAAUCCAGAUGGAGCAGUUGCUGAACUCUUUAAUGAUGGCAGUGGUAGUGGUGAUGGGGAUUUGGACUUCUUCCUUCCUGCUGUCCAUCAACAUGCUAGCCUGGGAAUAGCAUCUCACAUAAUCGUGACUAUUGAAGCCUCUGAUGAUGCUCAUGGUGUCUUUGAGUUCAGCGCUGAAUCUUUUGCUGUCAGUGGAACUGAACCUGAAGAUAGAAGUGGAACAGUCACACUCAAAGUUCUCAGAAAUCAAGGUGCCUUGUCCCAAGUAACUUUGCAUUGGUUAAUACUGCCAGAUGAUACUGAGGAUCUAGCAGCAACAUCUGGCAACAUAACUUUCAAUAUAGAGGAAACGCAAGCAAUCUUAAUGGUAUGGAUCUUGCCUGAUGAAGUUCCAGAACUGGACAAGAUAUUUUCGGUCUGGAUCACCAAUGUUUCCUGUGGACGUCUAGGAGUUCACAUCAAUGCUACACUGACUGUUCUUGCCAAUGAUGACCCCUAUGGGCUUUUGAUUUUCUCUGAGAAAAACAGGCCAAUAAAAGUUGAGGAAGCGACCAAGAAUGUCACCCUUACAAUAGUAAGACUGAAAGGUCUCAUGGGAGUGGUUAUGGUUACAUAUCGAACCAUCGGUGAUGAGGAUGAGGCAUCCUGUCUGCCGUCCAACAUUGCCAGAGCAACAUCAAAACAAGACUACUUGCCUAUUGCAGGAUUUAUAAUCUUUGCAGCCAAUGAAAGUGAGGCUACCAUAGAGCUCCCUAUUCUGGAUGACAGUGAACCAGAGAAAUCGGAAUCUGUGUUCGUAGAGCUGCUUGGUGUUACUUUGACAGAAGGAGUCCAGAAUCGGCCAAUUUCCAAUUCUCCUCGCCUUGGAUCUACAUGUGAUACAAUUGCUCACAUCAUUAUCAAUGCCAACGAUGAUGCUUUUGGAACACUACAGCUCUCAGCACUGGAUGUGCGGAUAGCUGAACAUUAUGUUGGACCAAUAAUCAAUGUCACAAGAACAGGGGGGAUUUUUGCAGAUGUUUCAGUGAAAUUUAAAGCAGUGCCAAUAACAGCAAUUGCUGGUGAAGACUACAGCGUAGCCUCAUCUGAUGUUGUCUUGCUAGAAGGGGAGACCAGUAAAGCUGUGCCAAUUUAUAUAAUCAACGACAUCAACCCUGAAGUCGAAGAGUCAUUUCUUGUACAGCUGCUCAAUCAAACAACAGGGGGAGCUUUGCUUGGAAGCUUGACUCAGGCAGUUAUAACCAUUGAGGCUUCUGAUGACCCCUUCGGAUCUUUCGUUUUCCAGAUCAUUGAAAUCACCAUUGAAGAGCCUGAGACCAAUGCAGUCAAGGUAGAUCUUCCAGUUAUUCGCAAUGCUGGAACACUUGGCAAUGUGACUGUUACAUGGAUUGCUACUUCUGAUGGGCAACUUGCUGAUAGUGACUUGCAAGCAUUUUCAGGUGACAUACAUUUUUUACCUGGAGAAACCAUGAAGAACUUGACUUUGGAAAUUGUGGCUGACGAUGUUCCAGAAAUAGAAGAGGUCAUCACUGUGGAAUUAUCUCAUGCCUCCAAUGGAGGUACUAUUGGACCAGAUGGAGUGGCAAAUGUUAUAAUUCCUGCCAACGAUAAGCCAUAUGGCAUAGUUUCCUUUCACCAAGCUUUGUAUCGAGUUCAAGAGCCACUGGAAAGGAGCUCAGUUGCAAACAUAACAGUGAAGAGAAGUGGUGGAAGAUUUGGCCAACUACAGAUCUUCUACAGCACUUCUGAAAUUGACAUCAUAGCUCUUGCUACGGAGCAAGGCCUGGAUAUAUUUUCAUACUAUGAAGCUCCGGUGCAGGGGAUUCCGGACCAAAUUCAGAUGACUAGAGUGAAUAUUUCUUUAGCAAAUGACUCCCUGCAUGCUUGUGCAACUCUGUGCCUGAAACAGCAAGCAUGUACAGCUUUUUCCUCCUCCAGUGCCUCUGAACUUCCACUGUGCCUUUGGGUAACAUCCUGGGAUGGUCGAAUAAAUUAUAACUUGGGAUUCUGGACGUACAAGAAAAACCUUACCUCUUUAUCCUCUCUUUUGAGUACACAAGCAAUUGCUGGCAGUGACUAUGACUCUGUUCCAAGGCAUUGGAUAGUAAUGGCAGAAGGAACAGAGUUUGCAAAUCUCACAGUUACUAUCCUUCCUGAUGAUUUUCCAGAACUGGAUGAGAAAUUUAUUGUAUCCCUGUUAAACGUUGCUCUGAUUAAUAUCUCUGCCAGCACUGAAAAUCAACCAGUCAUUGGACAGCCAAACACUUCUACAGUUGUCAUCCAAAUGAAUGGGGAUGCCUUUGGUGUGUUUGUGAUCUACAGCAUCAGUCCCAACACAACGGAAAAUGGUCUGUAUGUGGAAGUUCAAGAAUGGCCUCAGAACUCUGUGCAGUUAAUGAUUCACAGAAUGGAAGGUAGUCUGGGACAGGUGACAGUGGAGUGGAGCAUAGCUGGUGGCACAGCUACCCCAAAUCUGGAUUUCAUAGGUGUUGGGGAGAUCCUGAUUUUUGCAGAUGGCGAAACAAAAAAGACAAUUACACUUACAAUUUUAGAGGACCCUGAACCAGAGGAUGAUGAAAGCAUUAUAAUCAGUUUGAUCAACACAGAAGGAGGCAGUCGUAUUCUACCCAGCUCAGAUACUGUUAAGGUGGUUAUUCUGGCCAAUGACAAUGUCGCAGGAAUUAUUAGCUUUCAGACAGCUUCAAGAUCUGUGGUUGGUCAUGAAGGAGAGCAUUUGCAGUUUCAUGUGGUAAGAACUGCACCAGGAUCUGGAAAUGUCACUGUUGAGUGGAAAAUUGUUGGGCGCCAUCUGGACCAAAACUUUGAAAACAUUUCUGGCAUGAUCUUCUUUUUGGAGGGAUCCCUGAAUGCAACAUUUUCUAUUCACCUGCUGGAUGACCAUGUCCCUGAAGAAAAAGAGGAAUACCAAGUAAUCCUACAGAAUAUAAGAACUGAAGGGGUCAUUUCUACAGGAGCAGCAGUAUUGGACAGCCAAGGGGAUGAAGCAGUUCUGACAGUAGAGGCUAGUGAUGAACCUCAUGGAGUUCUGAAUUUUGCUUCUUCAUCUAGAGUUGUUUUGGUGCAAGAGGGAAACUACACUAUUCAACUCUUCAUUAAUAGAGAAUUUGGAUCUUUAGGUAUUAUCAAUGUCACUUAUACAACAGUUCCAGGAUUUCUUGGCUCAAGGAAUCAAACUGAAGGGAGUUUGGCUGAGCCAGGAGUUGACUAUUUACCCGUAUCAGGGUCAUUGCUUCUAGGAGAAGGAGAAACAUCAGCCACCAUAAAUGUUACUAUUCUAGAGGAUAAUAUACCAGAGAUGCAAGAAUUUUUCCUUGUUAAUUUAACAUCUGUGGAACUUAUCAUACAGCCUUCAACAUCUUUCCCUCCCAGACUCGACAUAGAUGGUUUGGCAGCACAGAUAAUUAUUGAUGCUAACGAUGGAGCAAGAGGAAUAAUUGGCUGGCAAAACAAAAAUUUUGAAAUAAGUGAGUUAGAUGGAAACUUGACAUUAGUGGUAUUCCGGGACAGAGGAACUUAUGGUAAUGUAUCCUUGUUCUUGUACGCUCAGAACUUAGAAGCACAGCAGGGACUGGACUUUAAUAUUUCUUCAAGGAUUCUAUUUUUUGCUGAUGGAGAAAGGUAUAAAUGUGUUGAUGUUACAAUUAUUGAUGAUGAGAUUCCUGAAGGGGAUGAGAGAUUCCAGCUAAUUUUAACUAAUCCAUCCCUUGGACUGGAGCUGGGAGAAAACACAACAGCUUCAGUUACUAUCCUUGCCAAUGAUGAUGGCCACGGUGUUUUGUCUUUUAACAACAGUGAACACUUCUUUCUAAGGGAACAGACAGCUCUCUAUUUAAUGGAAAGUGUUGCAGUACUAACCAUUGUCAGAGAGCCUCCACAGGGGUUAUUUGGAACUGUGACUGUGCAGUAUCUUGUACGAGAGAGAAAUUCUUCUGAAGCAUCUGUAGAUUUGACCCCAUCAGAAGGCUAUAUUGUUCUAGAAGAAGGAGUCAGAUUCAAGACUCUUCAUAUCACUGCUAUACUAGAUGCUGAACCAGAAAUGGAUGAACAGUUCAUUGUUACUCUGUUCAAUCCAACUGGUGGAGCCAGACUAGGCACGAGAACAGAAACUUUGAUUACAGUUUUGCAAAAUCAGGCACCACUGGGACUUUUCAGCAUCUGUCCAGUUACAAAUAGGACUUCUUCUCUUGUAAUUGAAGAAAGCAACACAACAGUCUACUUGAAAGUAUCCCGGAGCAAUGGGGUCAACACAUCAGUGAGUGUGGAAUGGGAAACAAUGUCUAAUACUGCAUUUGGGAUAAAGGGCGGAUUAAGUGUGCUGUCCAUCUUACAAAGUUUUAUGGAAGAACCAAUAUCAAGCUGGUGUUUCUUUUCAACAGGAGAUUUUAUAUAUGGCAUAAAAUUGUUGCAAACACACCCAGCACUGAAUUCUUCAAUAUACCAGUGGCGGGGAGUUUUUGUUCCUGUUGGGGAAUUUAGUAUUGAGGAUCCUCAUCGCUGUACUGCAUUUCAAAUCAAUGGCUCUUCCUAUCUAGUAGUUACACAUGGUGGAAAAAAGCAACAUAGACCUUCAAAUCAUACUAUAUACUUCUUCACCCCUGGAUUCCAUUUACAGCAGAUACAGAGCAUCUCUGUGCCAGAAAGCAGUGAAAUAAAGUAUUUCAGUUUGGACCAUAGGCACUACUUGAUUAUUGCAAGUUACACACCUGAAUCAAAAUCACUCCAGAUUUUCCUCUGGAGUAAUGGGAUGUUUGUAUUCCAUCAUCAUCUCUCUGUGAACGGAGUUCUAAGUAUGGAUCUUUUCUUCAGGGGAUCCACCAUUUAUCUUGUGAUUGUUCCAUCAGACUCCACACAACCUCCUCUUUUAUAUCAGUGGUCAGAUGAGAAAUUUAGAAAGUUUCAUGAAGUGUCAGUCAGUGGAACAACAAAAGUCAAAACCUUGAUUUCUGGAUCUGAUAUCUACUUGAUUUUUGCCAAAGGAUCCAACAACACAUGCGAUGUUUUUUUAUGGGAAACAGGGGAACCUUCCUUCAGACAUUUUCAGUCCAUGUCCACCAGAGCUGUAAAUGAAAUGCACACCUUUCUCCCAUCUUCUGGUUUAGCACAUCUUUUAUUUGGUAGCAAGGAUAACUCAGCUCUUUAUUCUUGGAACUCAGAAAUAAAUCAGUUCUCCCCACUGCUGGAAGCCCCUUCUGCCAAUCAUGUCACCACUGUCAAUGUAAGGUCUCUUAAUUCCAACAAAAGUCUAAUUGUUCUGACUGGCGAUUCAUACUCUUAUGUUUAUGAGUUGACUGCAAUCUCCAACCAGUCAGAUUUCAUACCUAGUUCAGGUGAACUGAUAUUUGAACCAGGAGACAAAGAAUCAGUGAUAGCAGUCAAUAUCUUUGAUGAUGCAGUCCCAGAGGAAGAAGAAUUUUUUAGAGUAUCUCUGAAAAAUCCAAAGGGCGGUGCAGAAAUUGGUGCUAAUGGCUAUGUAACCAUAAUUAUACCAUCUAAUGAUGAUGCUCAUGGGAUAAUUGGAUUUGCUCAGAAAUCUUUGUUUAAACAUGUAGAAGAACUGGAGCGUGACACCUUGAUCACCUUGAAUAUUGAACGCCUAAUAAGUAGCUAUGGGCGAGUCACAGUACAGUGGGAGGCCACUGGGAGCAUUAAUGAUAUAUUUCCAGCUUCAGGAGUGACAACAUUCUCAGAAGGUCAAGUCUUGUCCACUAUCACCUUAACAGUCCUUGCCGAUGUUGUUCCUGAAGUUGCAGAGACAGUGGUUAUAACUCUCACUCAUAUAAGCACUGUUGGAAUUCAGGAUCCCAGGAAAGGAGCCACCAUUGACCAAAACAGAGCAAAAGCUAUACUUAGAAUUUUGCCCAAUGACUCACCUUAUGGUGUUGUGGGAUGGCAUGCAGAUUCUCUCCUAGUGAAAGUGGCAGAACCAGAAGAUCAAUCAACUAUUGUUACUUUGCAUGUUCUCAGAGAACAAGGAUUUGUUGGAGAUAUCAGUAUACAGUUGAUAGCCCAGCCUGUUUUUACACUCCCUCUUGUCAACCAAGCUAUAGAAAAUGAGGAUUACAGACUGGAGAACAAAACUGUUUUUAUGGCAGAGAACACAACAACAACUUUGGUAACUGUGAUCAUUUUGCCAGAUAUUGUUCCAGAAUUACAGGAAAGAUUUGUAAUUAAUAUAACCAGUGUGAAAUUGCUGGACUCUUCUCUUACUGGAGGGCAGCCAACUGUGAAGAGACUUGGUUUAGAAAUAGCUGAGAUAAUAAUCGAAGAGAAUGACGAUCCCAGAGGAAUAUUUUAUUUCAAUGUCACCAAGGAUAUGAGUGGAACAGUGGCUGGUUAUGAGUUGCCUUUUCCUGAUAGUGUUAUAAAGUUACCAGUUGUCCGUAAAGGAGGAAAAUUUGGAUCAGUAAAUUUAUACUGGGAAGCCACACCUAUCACUGCUAGCCUGGAAGACUUUACACCAUCAUUUGGAAACCUUUCCUUUGCUGAUGGACAAGUAUGCAGAGCAAUAGAAAUCACAAUAAUAGAUGAUGACAUUGUUGAAUUUCUGGAGAUGUUCAAUGUCACCUUACUGAGGGUGACAGAUGGUGCUAGGUUAGGAGAGGAUGUCCAGGUCACAAUCACUGUGUCACCAAAUGAUUCACCUGUUGGUGUAUUUGGGUUUGAAGAAAAGGAGGUAAGAGUAAAGGAACCCCAAUUAAUUGGUGACCCUACUGCAAAUGCCUUCCUUACUGUAAGUCGAAGUCAAGGAGGUCAGGGAGAAGUCCGCAUUCUCUGGAUUCUUGAGGAGGCAGCUAAAUAUGAUCUCACUCCUCUCAAUGGGACUCUUCUGUUUGCUGAGAUGGAAUCCCAGAAAACUAUAGUUCUGCAUGCAAUUCAAGAUGGUCUAUUGGAAGGUGAUGAAACUUACACAGUUCAGCUUGUGUCUAUGGAUAACACAGAAAUCUCUCCAAUAAAUGGUAUGGCAACCAUCAUGAUAUUAGGAGAUCAGGGAGCUUCUGGUAUUGUUGGAAUAGCACCUUCAUCCACCCAUGUUCUGAUUGGAGAACCAAUAGGAAAGUAUAACGGGACUGCUUUUAUUGGGAUCGUACGUGGUCCAGGAAUUUUUGGAGAGCUCACAGUUUCCUGGAAUAUAACACCACCAGAGAAGAAGGAAUUUGCUGAGAUAUCAGGAACUUUUACCAUGAAAGACAAGCAGUCUGCUGCUGUUGUAUUGAUACAGGCAGUAGAUGAUCAUGACCCCGAAGAAAAGCAUUAUUAUCAGUUUCACCUAACUGGUAUCAGUGAUGGAGGAAUCAUAAAUGAGUCUGCCAGUACUGCAAACAUCACCAUGGCUGCUAGUGAUGUACCAUAUGGGGUGUUUGCAUUUUCACAGGAACUGUUGCAGACAACAGAAGAAGAAAAAUGGGUUAAUGUCACAGUUGUUCGUUCACAAGGAUAUUAUGGGCAUAUUCAUCUCUGGUAUCGGACACUGAAUGGAACUGCAGUGGAAGGCAUGGAUUUUGCAGUUACAUCAGGACAGCUUACUUUUGAACCCAAUGAGACUAUUAAAACUAUUAACACUGAAAUAUUUGAUGAUGAAAUUCCUGAAGGCCCUGAAGAGUUUUCAGUAGAAAUUACAAAAGUGGUACUAGUGGGAAGUGGAUUUGAUUUCACAAUAAAAGAAAAUGGACUGCAAAUCGACCAGCCCCCUGAGAUAGGAAAUGCUUCAGUAAUGAGAAUCAUUAUAUCAAAAAGUGACAAUGCUGAGGGAAUAAUUGAAUUUGAUCCACUAUAUAUAAGUCUACAAGUGGAAGAGAAUGCUGGAAUGGUAAUGAUUCCAGUAGUGCGAAAACGUGGGAAUUACGGCGAUGUGUCUGCAGAUUUCAUAAGCAGAGGCAUUUCAGCUCUUCCUGAUGGUGUUGAUUACAGUAUUGAAAAUAAAUCAGUCCUUUUUCUCCAUGGCCAAAACCAGAGUUUUAUCAGUGUCUUAAUUAUAGAUGAUGAUGAAAGAGAAAACAAUGAGCAGUUUGAAAUCCAACUUAUAGGUGCCAGUGGAGGAGCAGUCCUUGGGCUCCACCUAGUGGCCCAAGUGACAAUUGCUAAGAGCGAUUCUUCCCAUGGGAUUGUCCGAUUUCUCAACCAAAGUCAAAUAAUUCUCCCUAAUCCUAAUGUGUCAUUGACGCUGUCCUUGGUGCUGGAAAGAACUGGAGGAUUGAUAGGAGAUUCUCAGAUAAACUGGGAUAUUUUGGGACCUAAUUCAAAGGUUGUUUUACCAGCUCUAAACGAUGAUAUUGGUCACCCAGUAAAUGGGUCGUUUUAUUUUGAAGAGGCAGAAGGAGGUCUGAGAAGCAUCCAGUUAGAAAUUUUUCCUCAUGAAGAUGUUGAAGUUCAGGAAACCUUUGUUGUGAGGCUGACUGCUGUAAAGGGUGAAACAGAAGUGGACCCCAACGCUGCUAACGUUACACUAAUAAUUCUGAAGUUUGGUGAUCCCAAUGGUAUUGUGCAGUUUGCUCCUGAAUUCUUAAUCCCAAAGUACUAUGAGGAGCCGUCAGCAUAUGAAGGGCCACUCAGUAUCAUCCUUUCCGUAAAGCGAAUUCAAGGCACCAUGGGAAACAUUACGGUUCAUUGGAAACUAUAUAGUGAUUCUGAUACUACUGAUGAUUUCCUCGCCACUAGUGGCUUUGUUGUCAUUCCUGAUAAGCAAAGGACAUCUGAGAUUGUCAUGUUGUUGUUGCCUGAUGAUGUUCCUGAAAUAGAUGAACAUUACAUGGUACAGCUUACUUCCGUGGAAGGAGGAGCUGAUGCGGAUAUGGAGAGAAGUAUCUCCAGGUUCACUGUUUUUGCAAAUGAUGAUCCUCAUGGAGUGUUUGCCUUGUAUUCUGAAAAACAGUCAGUGUUGGUGGAGAAAGACCUGAGCCGGCUUAUCCAGAUUAAUAUAACUCGGCAUGCAGGGACUUUUGCUGAUGUGAUUGUGGAAUAUCAGAUUUCAUCUUCCAAUGAACAAAGUUUAGUCACAGAAGCUGACACAGUGGGACAACUGCAAAUUAAAGCAAGCUCCAGUUAUGGAGUGAAAACAGUGCCAAUACAUACUGAGGUAUUUCUAUCCUUGGGCUUGAAUUUCACUCUGGAAUUGAAAAGCGUAACCCUAUUAAAUGUCAGUGCCAAAAUUGUGCCUAAAAUAUUAGAGGUAGCAAAGUCAGUCUCUCUGCAAAUCCCCAGUGAAGCUGCCAAUUCUCAGGUUGCCUUUGAUUCUGUUAUUUUACACCUUACAAAUAUCACAGCAGGGACAACCCAAGCUCUUAUAACUCGGAAAGGAGUGUAUGGUCCCAUAACAGUAACUUGGAGCUCUGGGUAUCCACCUGGCCUUAUUCCAGAAUUUGUUCACCUUGGCAAUGUCAUACCAGCUUCUGGCAGUAUUACCUUUUCCCAUGGUGAGCCAAGCAAACCAAUUUUAUUACAUCUUGUUCCAAAUGCAAGUAGUCCUGAGGCAUUUGCUGUGCAUCUCUCAGCUGUGCAUAGCAAUGUAUCUGGUGGGGCUCAUCUGAGCUCUGACUUCACUGUUGCUGAAAUUGAGCCAAUGGGAAUCUUUCAGUUUGCCCCUAGCUCAAGAAACAUGUUAGUAAAGGAGGAAGAACAAACGGUCAGAUUUCAUAUACAAAGACUCUUUGGUUUCCAGAGCAAUCUUACCAAGCUGUUCUAUCAGACAAUAGCAGGAAGUGCCAAACCAUCAGAAGAUUUUGAACCUGUCCAUAAUGGAGAGCUUGUUUUUGGGCCCCUUCAAGUUGACACUGUGUUUGAAAUCAUAAUCAUGGACGAUAACAUUUCAGAAGGAGAUGAAAUAUUUUUUGUGAACUUAACAUCUGUGGAACUUGUAGCUCCCCAGCAGUAUGAUCUGACCCGGAAUCCACGUCUGAACCCAGAGUUCAGUGUUGCAUCAGUAACUUUGUUGGCCAGUGAUAUCCAUCAUGGAAUCCUAAGUCUUGGACCUGCUGUUACUUACGUUGAAGAAGACACCGAUAACAGCGCACCCAACACAGUUCUUAUUCAUAUUAGAAGAACUCAGGGAUUUAUGGGAAAUAUCUCAGUACUUGUUAAAACCUUUGGUGGAAUAAAUGCUCAGAGUGCAACUGGUGCAUUCCCACUUGAAGUGGUCUCUGGAAUCUCAGGCCUAACUUGGGCAACUGAAGGCUUUGAUUUUGAGGAGCUGGACCUGUCUGUGUCAUUGCUGGAUGGAGAGAGAGAAAGCCAGGUCUCUGUCAAAAUUAUUGAUGAUUAUGAGCCUGAAGGACAAGAAUUUUUCUAUGUCAUCCUGUCUGAACCUCAAGGUGGAGCUCAGAUUACAGAUGUCACACAUGAAUAUGGGUUCACAGGUUUUGCCACAGUAAUUAUUAAAGGAAAUGAUCUUCAGAAUGGGAUACUGGGAUUCAAUGCAGAGGCACAAAAUGGCCUCCAACUUGAUGAAGAUUCUGAGAAGAGGGAAGUGCAGCUCAUUGUCACUCGGCAACCAAACAGAGCUUUUGAAGAUGUGGAAUUCUCUUGGCGUGUGACCUUUAACAAGACAUCUGUUGAUCUACAGAAGAAUGGGACGGAUCUAGCAAAUGAACUAAUAGCUAUCAUAGGAGUCGCCACUUGUAAGGCUGGUCAAACACAAUGUGUCAUUUCUAUUGAGAUCAAGCCUGAUAAUGUACAUGAAUUUGAGACCUAUUUCUUUGUGGAGCUCUACAGAGUGGGUGCAGGAGCGAUGUUAAACAAUAGUGCCAGAUUUGCCUACAUAAUAGUUCCAGAAAGUGAUUCUCCUAAGGGUCUGAUCUACUUUGCUGUGGGGUCGCGUCUGGCUGUGGCUCUUAAGAAGACAACUUUAAUUAGUCUCCAGGUGGUUAGAGAUUCAAGCACAGCAUUCACCAGCUCAGUUGACUAUAAGACUCAGGAGCUGUUGAGGCCUGAAGCUCUUGGACGCAUAAUCAUAUCACCAGCCAUUUCUGGACAAGAUUUUAUCCAGUCUGAAGGGACAAUAGUCUUUGAACCUGGGCAAAGAAUUGGUGUUCUGGAUAUAACUCUCACUCCCAAGCCUGUGUCUCUGAAUCCAUUUCCUAAACGUUUCCAGGUUGUGUUACUCAAUCCUACUGGAGGUGCCAGAGUGGAUGACAUCUAUGGCACUGCUAAUAUCACCAUUGUAUCUGAUUCCAACUCCCAGGCAAUCUGGGGUCUGGCUGAUCAAUUGUACCAACCACUUGAUGACACCAUUUUGAAUAAGGUGCUCCAGUAUUUAAACAUUAAAGUAGUGACAGAAAGUACAGAAGAACAACUUGCUGCCGUGAUGCACAUCAUAAAUAAGGUAAUAUCGGAAAGCGAAAAGCAGCCAUUGACUGAUAAAAACCGAAGCCUUUUGUAUGAGAUCCUCUGUGCGCUUAUCAAUCCAAAACGCAAAGAUACUCGAGGCUAUAGCUUCCUUGCAGAUAUUACUGAGAAAUUUGCCUUUUCUCUGCCUGUUGGUGAAAUGUGUGGAUCACAGGGUGAAAGAGGCAAAACCAUCCUUGAUCAUUGCCCUUAUAUUGUAAUCAUGGCACAUCACUGGUAUCCACAGCAAAUCAAUGGGCACCGAUUUGAUGGAAAGGAUGGUGAUUUCAUCAGAGUUCCUGAACAUUUGUUAGACACUUCUGCCUCAGCAAAUUCUAAAGAGAACCACUGUAGGUUCAUCCAAGUCACUGAGUAUAGUAGCCAGCAGUGGUUUACAACAGGUGAUAAAGGAACUGCCCUUAACAAUAAGAUUUUUUCGCUAAGUCUGAAGAGUCAGAUUCCACUUUUACUAGAAGAUGACAAUGUGGUCACCUAUCGGAUUUAUUCCACAGACAGCCAAAUUGUUCCACAUAAGUCUUUAUGUCUUCUUUGGAAUCAGGCUGCUGAAAGCUGGUUGUCUGACAGUCAGUUCUGUAAAGUGAUGGCUGAUUCCUCCGAUUACGUGGAAUGCUCUUGUUCACACAUGUCUAUUUAUGCAGCCUAUGCACAGACAGACAGCUUGUCUUCUUACAAUGAAGCUUUUUUCUCCUCUGGUUUCAUCUGUAUUUCUGGUUUCAUCUUGGCUAUUUCUUCACACUUCUUCUGCACCAGAUCUACAAUGUUUGCAGCUAAACUUCUUACUCAUAUGAUGGUUGCUUGCCUGGGCACUCAGAUUUCCUUUCUGGCCUCAGCUUAUACAAGUCAGCAACUGUCAGGAGAAAGCUGCUCAGCUUUGGGCUCAGUCACUCACUACCUCUACCUUUGCCAGUUCACUUGGAUGCUUAUUCAGGCUGUUAAUUUCUGGUAUGUCCUGGUGAUGAAUGAUGAGCACACAGAUCAACGCUAUUUGAUGUUUUUUCUUCUGGGUUGGGGUCUUCCCGCUUUUGUUGUGAUUCUACUUUUAAUUAUCCUGAGAGGAAUCUAUCAUCACAGCCUGUCACAGAUCUAUGGCCUGGUCUACCACGAUCUGUGCUUUAUUCCAAAUAUUUAUGCAGCUCUUUUUACAGCUGUACUGAUCCCACUAGUGUGUCUUGUGGUGGUAUUUGUGGUAUUCAUCCAUGCCUAUCAAGUGACACCCCAGUGGAAAGCAUAUGACGAUGUAUUCAGAGGAAGAACCAAUGCAGCAGAGAUCCCACUUGUUUUGUACCUGUUUGCCCUCAUUUCCAUCACAUGGCUAUGGGGAGGACUUCACAUGGCAUACAGACAUCUGUGGAUGUUGGUCUUCUUCGUCAUUUUCAAUUGCCUACAAGGUCUUUAUGUCUUUGUGGUGUACUUCAUUCUACACAACCAGCUCUGUUGCCCUGUAAAAGCAAGUUAUACAGUUGAAAUGAAUGGACAUACAAGUUCAGGUUCUGCAUUUUUCACUCAUGGCAGUGGCAUGCCUUCAGCAGGAGCUGAAAUCAGCAAAUCUACUCAGAAUCUCAUUGCUGCUAUGGAAGAGAUGCCAACGGACUGGGAGAGGGCAUCACUGAGGCCCAUCAGCCAGGCCAGUGCUGUAUUUAAGCAGAGCCCACAGAAUGGCAGUGCCUAUGCAACAGCAGGAGGCUUCAGCAACAGCUCCUUGGUGGCUGAUGAAGAAUCACAAGAAUUUGAUGAUCUAAUAUUUGCUUUGAAAACUGGUGCGGGCCUCCAUAUCAGUGACACCGAGUCCUGCCAUGGCAGCCAGGAUGGAAGCACUCUGGUUAAUUCCCAGAUAGUAGAGCUGAGAAGAAUACCCAUAGCAGACACUCACCUUUAGGACCAGCAUCUUUUUAAAAAAAUCUAGCUUUCAUGUUUUUGUUUUCUUUUGCACUUAAACACACACACAAACACCUCCAUAUACAGUUGAUUAACAUAAUGUUAUGAAUUACAACUGGACAAUUAACAAAAAAAGGAUGAGGAGGGUAAAUACAAGUGGAAACCCAGUACAUUUCUGCAGUGAGCUGUUGGCUUAGAUUUGAAUCCCUUAACAUAGAUGAGCAUAUUCCAUUGUGUAGACUAGUUGUUUGUUUUUUAAAUGAGUCUAUAUGUGUAUGCCUGUUUUAAUAAAAGUU